CAAUUGCCAAUAUUGCAUGCUUCGGUGAAGUAUUGCGUGGCGAGGCCAAAGCAUCAUGCAGGUGCAGGCGCAACUGUGUAUCGAGACGCGAAGUCGGGAAAGCACCUUCCCCAUGACUGUACGUGUCGUGCUGCCUAGCCAAAACCACAGCAGUUCUCGCCCGUGAACAUCAGCACACGCUACACAACCAAGAGCAUCACAACGUCUUUGUACACAGGGAAUACCAUGGCGUCGCCAGGACCGCCACCGCGAUGCAUGUUAUUCGAGCUCUCGGCUGAGUUACGCAACGUGAUAUACGAACAAGUGCUCAUUAUCUCCGACUGUAACGAUUACAUCCAGCUCGAACCAGCGACAGGACUACAAGUGCCUGCCUUGCUGCAAGUCUGUCAUCAAGUCCGCAACGAAGCGGCUCAGAUGUACUUCGAAGAAAACUUCUUCCAGCUCUGGCUCAUGGGUUGCAGUCCAAGAUUGCUAUAUGAAUGGAUUGAAAUGGCCACGCGCUAUGUCGGCCGCGCUUGUGUUGAUGGCAAGCUCAACGACCGCUCAAUCGACUACAACACGUAUGAUAACGAAGAUCCGAGCAACAUCAUCCAGUGGUGUAAACUCGUUCGCGAAGGCAAGCUACCAGCAUGGGACUGUAGCCCGGAGGAUAUCAAGUAUGGUUCUGCGUGUCCCACUGUGGUCGCCGGUCAGCGGCUCGCGAUGCAGAUGAAAUUCAGACCAUGGGCAGAGUUCGUUGCCGCUUUCGAACUACUUCACUACGCUGUUGAGGGCACGCGCGAGCAGAUUAUGACACUAAAUUUGAUUCGCUACUGAAGUCUGGCAUCGAAUGGAUGCCUCGGUGCUGGAGCUUUGAGUGGGCAGACAUGAUGGCCGUAGACAUUGACCAAAUGCUUGAGCGCCAGGCCGCAUCGCGGCUACUGCGAGAAAUUCGAUCUUUUAGGUGCAGAGGCGGCCAUGCACGUUGAAAGAUACACGGAAUUGUCUUCGGGCCCCGGGUCCACACCAGGGCAGCCAGCUUACUCACGUCGCGG